AAUUGAAAAGAAAAAACAACGCAGAGAGAGAAAGAGAGCGAGAGAGGAGGAGAGAGAAGCGGAAACCGUUUCUGAGCUUUAUAGGGUUUGCAGAAGCUCCAAACUCUAACCAAAUUUUCUUUUCUCUCCUCUUUCCUCUCUCAGUCGCCAUUGUUCCAGCAGAGAUCGGAAAUACUCGCUCCCGAAAAGUUCAGGAACUCUAUUUGGGCUCCCAUUUACAACUUUCUGAGUCUUCUUUUGGUUGGUUAUUCGUAGAGAGAGGAAGAGGAGGCGGGAGAUCUAUUGAGUUUUCUUCUACUCUCACGAAUCUCUCGUAAGGACUCAGUUUUUUGGUACAGACAUACAAAAAUGGUGUUGUGGGUUUUUGGCUAUGGUUCGUUGGUAUGGAACCCGGGAUUCGAGUUUGAUGAGAAGAUUAUAGGUUUCAUCAAGGAUUACAGGCGUGUCUUUGAUCUAGCAUGCAUUGAUCAUAGAGGUACACCUGAAGAGCCAGCAAGAACUUGCACUUUGGAGGCCCAUGAAGGAGCUAUCUGCUGGGGUACUGCUUAUUGUGUAAGAGGAGGCCCAGAAAAAGAAAGAUUGUCAAUGGAAUACUUGGAGAGAAGAGAAUGUGAAUAUGAUCAGAAGACACUUGUAGACUUUUACAAGGAGGGUGAUACCCUAGAGCCAGCUGUCACAGGAGUAUUGGUAUUUACAUCCACUCCUGACAAAGAAUUGAACAAGUAUUAUCUAGGGCCAGCCCCAUUGGAGGAAAUGGCAAUCCAAAUUGCAACUGCCUUUGGUCCAUGUGGGAACAACAGAGAGUAUCUUUUCUCCUUAGAGAAGGCCAUGUUCGAUAUUGGUCAUGAGGAUGAUUAUGUGAUUGAACUAGCAAAUGAAGUGAGGAUGGUACUCGUGCAAUUGGAAAAAGCAAAGGAGAAGUUAGUUGUAGCCCAUGUCCCCUUCAAAUCUCAUCUCCCAGCUUUACAGCUUGUUUCUGUACCCGAAGCGGUUGCAAUGGACUCCUAGAAAUGAAGAAGAAAGAAGACAUCAGGGCCAUUCUUCACUCACCAUUUCUUCAAUUCUCCUGCUUGGUCUCUUCUGCCAUAUAUAUGCUUGGAAUGAAGAGUUUUUCUUUUUAAAUUUGCUAUAGAACUAUCUUCAAUGUUAACACCCCUCCUCAACUACAUAAAAUUAGGUUAGACAUCAGAGGGGAUCUGAUAUUGUUUGUUAACCAUGAUCUAGAGUUGAAAAGAAAAGUAUGACUAACUUCCAUACAUGCGGCAUGAAUGUAAACUAAUUGCAAUAUAUAUUAUCAACAGAAAUCAAGUGACUAAUGGAAUAUGCAUUGUCUAUCAAA